AUGACUGUGGCAGUGACAUAUGAGGCUCAGAGACAGACAUUACCACUGGUCAUAGUGAAGGGUGACCGCCCUGCACUGCUGGGGAGGAACUGGCUGAAGAGGAUUAAGAUAAACUGGGCAAACAUAUUCACAGUGCAAAGCAGAGGGGACAGAGAGCCGGAGGUAUUGGCACUGAUGCGACGCUACCAGUCAGUGUUUGACGAGGGGCCUAGUACAAUCCGUGGAUUCAAAGCGCACAUCAGGAUUAAGCCAGAGACACCGCCCAUCUUCAAGAAAGCCAGACCCCUGCCCUAUGCUUUGAAAGGGACAGUUGAACAGGAACUGGACAGACUGGAGGCAAUGGGAAUAAUUUCAAAAGUUGAUCGUAGUGACUGGGCCUCCCCUUUAGUUGUCGUCCCAAAAUCUGACAAGAGCAUUCGAAUUUGUGGUGAUUAUAAAGUCACCAUCAACCAGAGUGUAGAGGAGGAAACCUAUCCUCUACCCAACACAGAAGAUCUCUUUGCAACAUUGGCAGGGGAGGCGGAGAAGAAAUAUGCUCAAAUCGAAAAGGAGGCGCUGGGGAUUAUCUUUGGGGUUAAGAAAUUUCAUAAGUAUCUCUACGGGAGGAAAUUCACCUUGAUUACAGACCAUAAGCCGUUGUUGGCCAUUUUAGGGCCCCAUUCAGCCAUUCCGACAUUGGCGGCGCUGAGGAUGCAGCGCUGGGCACUGAUCCUAAUGGCCUACACCUAUGACAUAGAAUACCGCAGAUCAGAGGAUCAUGGAAAUGCUGACGCAUUGUCUCGGCUGCCAGAAACAAAGAUGGAUGACACAGCUGCUGAACAGGGGAUCUUUUAUUUCUCUUAUGUGGAUGAACUCCCGGUACAAGCCUGUGAAAUAGCAGAAGGCACAAAGAAAGAUUCAAUUCUCAGCAAAGUGCAGCAUUAUAUUUUGGAGGGAUGGCCGGAUGAGCUCCGGGAUUCUUCACUGAAACUCUUUUUCAAUAAGAGGACAGAGCUGUCAGCUGAUCAUGGAUGCAUCCUAUGGGGACUGAGAGUAGUCAUUCCACCAAUACACAGACAACGGCUGCUGAAUGAUUUGCAUGAGGGACACCAGGGCAUCUGCCGUAUGAAGGCGUUAGCCAGAAGCUGUAUGUGGUGGCCUCAAAUUGAUAAUGAUAUCGAAAAUAGAGUGCAGGACUGCCAAGCUUGUCAGGCGGUACGACACAUGCCGGGAGUUGCACCAUUGCACUGCUGGAAGUGGCCUUCCCGAGUGUGGCAAAGAAUCCACAUUGAUUUUGCUGAAAAGGAUAAGCAACAUUUCUUGGUGGUGGUGGACAGCCACUCCAAAUGGCUUGAAGUUGUGCACAUGACUGUGACAACAGCAUUAAAAACCAUUGAAGUCCUCCGUGGUCUGUUUGCUUCUCAUGGCCUGCCAGAAGAAUGUGUCAGUGAUAACGGACCUCAAUUCACCUCAUCAGAGUUCCAACAGUUCUUGAGAAAUAAUGGUGUCAAGCAGACCUUGGUUCCGGCAUACCAUCCUGCCUCAAAUGGGGCAGCUGAGCGGUCCGUUCAGACACUGAAGGCAUCUUUGAUGAGGCAGCAUCGCCUAGCAAACUUCCUCCUUAUGUACCGCAGUACGCCACAUUCUGUCACGGGAUGUACUCCAGCCGAGCUGUUUUUGAAACGUCAGCUGCGGACCCGUUUCAGUCUCCUCAGGCCGGACCGUGCCAAAUUCAUGGAAGCCCAGCAGGCAAAACAAAAGGCACACCAUGAUCGGUCUUCCUCUACCUUGCGGACCUUGAAUGCAGGUGACUUGGUCAGAAUGAGAAACUUCCGUGAGGGGAAGGAGAAAUGGAGUAGGGCUACAGUUGUGAAGCGUCAGGGCCCUGUGACCUAUCUGAUUAAUGAUGGUGUGAGAGAGCGCACUGUCCAUAUUGACCACCUGCUGUCCUCCAAGGAAACCAUGGACUUUGCGCCUGUUGACAAUGACCCCCCUCAUGCCCAAACACCAGAGCACCAGACACCGGAGCACCAGACACCGGAGAUGAACUUACCGGGAACUGCAGGAGCUACUGAAGCCAUCAAUGUACAACAAGAGUACCUGGAAUGGAAUGAUCAGCAGAUGGAGAUAGAGUUGCAUUUGUAG